AUGUCGAGCAUCAAUUUGGCAGUACCGCUGGUGCUUGGGCUGCUGCUGGCUCUUCGGGACUCUGGUCUCUAUGAACCUGACAAUGAAAACGCUUAUGUUGACAUUGCGGGCAGAAGGUUCCAUAUGGGGUCACUUAACAAUACUCCUAUUAUAUAUGUUAAGACCGGGAGUCUUUCAGUAAAUGUGGCUACAGCUGUGCAAAUUCUCUUGGAUAGAUUUCGUGAUCACGGAAUCUCCUUCUUUGGAAAUGCUGGAAGCCUUGAUGAGGAAACAUUGGCGCCAGGUGAUGUUUCUGUGCCCGAGGCUGUUGCCUUCACAGGAAUUUGGGAAUGGAAGAAAUUCCCAACGGAGGACAAGCUGGAAGAUGGUAGGUUGGUAUUUAGAGAGUUCAACUAUCCACAUAAUGGAGAGAACUUGUUGGGGAGUGUAGAGUUUCGGAAAGUGAAGUUGUUCUCUCAAGGAGAACCACCCAAGGAUCUUUUCACGCUACCCAUCAGCAAAUCCUGGUAUAGAGUUGCUACUGAAGCGCUUAAGGAUUUGGAGUUAAGACGAUGCUACAUUGAUGCCUGCCUGCCCUAUACACCCAAAGUUGUCUUUGGAUCGAGGGGUUCUACUUUUGAUAUGUACCUUAAAAAUAAAGCAUACGAAGACUUCCUCAGGGAAACUUUCAAGGUCUUAAGUGCCGACACAUCAAGUGCGUCUGUAGCUUUGACAUCUAUGUCAAAUGAAAAGCUCUUCGUGGUGUUCCGAGGUGUUUCAAAUGUAGUGGGUGGAACAAGUUCAAACUCACGACUUAGCAAUUUGGCCUCCAUCAAUGCUUUCCUCGCUGCAACCAAGUUGAUUAAUUCAAUUUCUACGCCACGAGUUGCUUGUGAGUCAUGA